CACAUUGAACGUGUUGUGUAAACCGUCAGCCAUCUGCCGCAGUCAGUUAGCUCCAUGUUAGCUCCAGCGGGAAUGGAAAAUGGAGGACUGACCGGAGAGCGAGGGCAUAUCAUCGGUAUUUCUAGCGUUUAGAUCCUUUAACCUCGUACCAAGACCGAUGAUUACUGCUGUGAAGCCUUUGUUUUGUUUGAAGGAGCACUGACUCUGUUACUCAUCACUGCUGAACUACAUUCAUUUGAAAGUAGUGAUUGACUCCAUCGUCUAUGGAGGAGAAUGUGAGCCCUGCGCUCUCUCUAGCUCCUGAGCCAGGGCAGAGCCAGGACCGUAUGGAUAGCUGCUCUCAAGGUUUUGGAGAAGGGGAUAGUGAGCAAAAGGAACAGUUUCAAACAGAAAGUGAGAAUGUGGCCAAAAAGACCAUAAAGGAAUCAGAAAAAUAUUCCAAGGCCAGCAGUGAAGUAAAGAAGACUUGGGGUUUCAGACGGUCCACUGUAGCAAAGCGAGAGAUGCCAGUGGAGGCAGCAACCGAGAGCCCUGAAAACCGCUGUCCUGUGCGUCGCAGUGGCAGGCAGUCUAAGCGUACUGACAAACUUGAGGAAUUCCUCUUGACUGCUAAAAGAGGUUCAAGAAAGAGUGCCCCCCCCAGUCUGGAAAGCGGAGAUCCUCCUUCUCAAACCCCAACUGAUGCGGAGACUGCGUCAGAGGCCAGCUUUGAUGGAAAUGCCGAGUCCAAGGCUGUGGAGGACAAGGUAGAGUCCCCAGAGAGGAGGACAAGGAGUGGCAUGAGAAAGCAGACCCAAAGGAAAACUCAAGGUGGUAGACAGACCCGAGGAGGCGGUGGAGUGACAGUCAAAGAUGAGGGAAGCUCUGAGAAUGAGGAGGACAGCAGAGAUGCUGCCAAGAAGGACCAGUUACCAGAUGAAGAUGGGGACAAAAAAGAUGAAAAGAGCUGUCCCAGUCCUGAAGAUGUAGAGAGCACUAACACAGUACAGCCUCAGCCAGAGCAGGACUUUGAGAAGAAAGAAGCUGCCGAUGAGAAGAACGAACAUGGAGAUCAAAAUGACAAAGUGGAAACAGAGAGGGAGACCGAUAAAGACACUGACGAGGAUGGUGCAGACAAGCCCGCAGCAAUGUUGGUAAAACGUGGACCACUAAGAACUUACAUCAAUAAAAAGAAGGUAGCCAAUAAGAACACUACCCCUGUUAAAGCUCCCGCCAACAAGAGCACAGCUCCUGUCAAGAGGGAGACCAAGCCUAAGGCUACCCAAGCUUCUGGAAACACACGCAAGCCCCAGACACAGGAGGACAACGAUGACGAGAAUGAGGAUGACUCUUCAACGUCUUCGUCUUCAUCAUCCAUUGACUCUGACGAUGGAGGUUAUGACCCCAAUGCACUUUACUGCAUCUGUCGCCAGAAACACAACAAGAGGUUUAUGAUCUGCUGUGACCGCUGCGAGGAGUGGUUCCACGGUGACUGUGUGGGCAUCACCGAGGCACGAGGGCGCCUGAUGGAGAGAAAUGGGGAAGACUACAUCUGCCCCAAUUGCACCGCUAAGAAAAACCAGGUGGUCAGACCUGCCACAUCUAUCCUCUCUACCCAGGCCAAACCUGAUGGUGCUCGUCCAACUUCCUCGCUUGCUGUUUCUGCUGUGACCUCUUCUACAAGUGCUGAGAAAACUAAUGCCAGUGGAGUAGAUGGCAGUCUGUCAGCUGUUCAGGCUGUGGUAGCAACUCCGUCCUCUGUGUCUGCUGGAACUGAAGAGAGGGCAACAGAGGACAUGGGCAUCAAAGGCAGGAUAGAGAAAGCUACGAAUCCAACUGGGAAAAAGAAGAUCAAGAUAUUUCAGCCGACUCUACAGCAGCCUGCCGUACCAAAAGCAGACCAAAAAUCGGUACCAACUGUGGAAAAGAAGGCGGCACCCGCAGAGCAGAAAGCGCUGCCAGAAACGGAGCCGAAAGUGGCGUCAAACGUGGAGGUGAAAACAACACCAACAGCAGAGGUGCCAGAGGAGAAGGCCCAGCAGAAGGCUGAGGAUUCUUCCCUUCCCAAAUGCAUCGGGCCUGGCUGUGAGAACAACGCCCAGCCAGACUCUGUGUACUGUGGCAACGACUGCAUCCUGAGACAUGCUGCUGUGACCAUGAAGUCCAUCACUGAUGUCAAGGAGCCCAAGCCGAAGGAGAAACCCAAGUCUCAGAAAAGCAAGUCUACACCAAAGAGGAGUGGCGCUGGUGGAAAGAAGACGCAGAAGAAGACCUGGGAGGAGUCGGACAGCGAGGAAGAUCACAGUCCUGAAUCAGAUGAGGACGACGAAGAUGAGCAUGCUGAGGAACACCCGCCCCCGCCUGCCACUGCAUCCUGGUCCAGCGACCAUAAUUACAUUGCAGUAACACCAGAAAAGACUACACCCAUAUCACCAACAGUGUUAAACAAAAAGUCACCACCCAAAGAUGAGAAGCAGAGUGAGAAGGAACAGAAAGAGAAGGAACCGUCCUCGGCUCCUGAGAAACCCUCCCCAGCAUCCACAACACCAGUCAGAGGAAACAAGAAGUCCCCGACCACUAAAGCAGCUAAGGUUUCCCCAAAGGGCAAGAAGCCUUCCUUUCAGACUGUCAGUUCAAAGGCGUCCAAGAAACCUGUGACGCCCCCAAGUAAAGCUGCAGCGAAGUCCAAGAAACCAGGUCCAUCGCCCGUCCAUACCCCGUCUCCCUUUCCUCCUGGUCCCAUCCACGUCACAGGAGCACUGAGAGUCACCAAGUCCAACUUUACCAUUCCUAAAAAGCAGCCACAACAAAAGGAUCCUCCAUCCCAUAGUCACUCGUCCUCUUCCUCCAGAGUCCCAUCAUCUCCAGUUUCUUCAGCUCCCUCCAGCCAUUCAUCUUCCAGACCUCCACAUCCAGCCACGUCAGCGCCCCCUGUUUCCCCCAUGCCGCCGCCCAACAACCAGAUGAGACAGAACAUCCGCCGCUCGCUGACAGACAUCCUCUAUAAGAGGGUGAGUGACAGUGAUGAUCUGAAAAUGACCGAGAGUGAGGUGGGAAGGCUGGCUGUUGCCAUUGAAAAGGAAAUGUUCAAUAUCUGCCUUAGCACUGACAGCAAGUACAAGAACAAAUACAGGUCCCUCAUGUUUAACCUGAAAGAUCCCAAAAACAAGGGCUUGUUCUACAGGGUGGUGGGUGGUGAGGUUAGUCCCUUCAGACUGGUGAGACUCAGUGCUGAAGAGUUGCUUUCCAAAGAGAUAUCUGAGUGGAGGAAACCCGAUGCUCCUGAGGCCCAGUGUUCCAGUGGAAGGGUUCAUUCGGGGCAGUCCAAACUAGGCAACAGGCAUGACUCUGGCUCACAUAGCAUGGAUAUAGACGAUGCUCCACCAACAUCUGAUGCGGAUGUAUGUAUCUCUGCCACCACUUCAUCUGCUCGCAUGGCUUCUGCUGCAGACCAAGAUGAGUCUAACUCCACUCCUUCAGCUUUGGCUCAGACCUCUGCUGCGGAGGGAAACGGUGGCAGCAGCAUGCCAGACAUUUUCAGUGCGAUGCUGAAAGACACCACCGCUGAACACAGGACUCAUCUGUUUGACCUUAACUGUAAGAUCUGCACAAGUCAGAAGACAGAAGAUGAGCCUGCAGCUAAAAAAGCCAAACUGACAAAGAAGCCUGAAACUAAGCCGCCCAGACAAGAGCUGCAUUCGUCCAGGUCAGGGGAUGUCUCUCCUACAGCUUACCAGAACCAAGACCCUUUAGCCUACCAACAUCCGAUCCCAUCAUCUUACCAGUCUAACGUGGAGCCAGCUGUCCCAGAAUCACAGGCGCAGCUUUAUCAGGAGGCACCUCCAGCCCCCGUCAACCCCGCCGUGUCCUCUGUCAGCAUCACCCGCAGAGACCCACGCAUGGCCAGGCACAGCUCCAGUGUGACUGUCACCUACACUGCUCCAGAAAAGCCCGUCAACACAGAACUUCUCCCAGCUCCUGUUAGCGCUCCAGUAGAGGUUGGACCCAAGGCACCACUGCCAAUGCCCCCAGCUCCACCACCUUCAUUAGCUGUGUCCAAACCAGUAAAAAGUACACCCGAGCCUCCUCUUGAGGGCGAGACAGCAAUCUUCCUCCAUGGUCAAGAGAAGAUUUGGAAAGGAUUGAUCAACAUGCAGUCGGUGGCUAAGUUUGUGACCAAGGCAUAUCUGGUGUCAGGAUCCUUUGAACAUCUGAAGGAGGAUUUGCCAGACACAAUUCAUGUUGGAGGACGGAUAUCUCCAAACACAGUGUGGGACUAUGUCGGGAAACUGAAAACCUCGCUCUCCAAGGAACUGUGCCUGAUCCGUUUCCAGCCAGCCACAGAGGAAGAGGAGGUGGCAUAUGUCUCUCUCUUCUCUUACUUUAGCAGCAGGAAACGAUUUGGUGUGGUGGCCAACAACAACCGACGCAUCAAAGACCUCUAUCUCAUCCCUCUGGGCUCAAAGGACCCAUUACCCUCCAAACUCUUACCGUUUGAUGGGCCAGGGCUCGAACCAGCUCGUCCCAAUCUCCUCUUGGGGCUGCUGAUCUGCCAGAAGGACAAAAAGCGAGCUGGUGCUCCAUUAGAAACUGAGGAAAAACGGUCCAAGAUUCAAACAAAGGAUGCCGAUGACACUGGCCUUCCAAAGCCAGCUCCUUCAGUCAGAGCAGAACGAAGCUCACGACAGAGUCUUGAAAUCCCCUUCAGCACAACACCUCCAGGGUCACCUCCAACCAGCUCCUCUGAGACCACAAGCAGCACUGUGACGACCUCCUCAGUACUUUCCUUUUUGUCAUCUGUGAAAGCUCCAGCUACAUCCACUACCACUGGCAAGGACUCCCCAUCUUCCUCCAGCUCUAUUGCUUCCUCUGCAGCAAAUGCCACUCCUCUUCAGACCAUCCUCAACACUCUUUUUGGGAAGAAAAAGCAUGACUCGGAAGACCCCAUUGUGCAGCAGUUUGCACAGAUUUCUAAAGAGAAUCCGGUUGAGGAGGACGAAGAUGACCGACCGUAUGAUCCAGAGGAGGAAUAUGACCCCAGUAGGGGCUACAAUGUGCCUAAGAAGCCUGUUAAGGUAGUAAGCAAACCUGAAAUCUCAAAGCAGCCUGAGUUGGUUACAAAUGAAGGUGAUGAUGUGGCUUAUGACCCAGAGGAUGACUCCAUUUUUGACGAUGUGAAAUCUCUAGUACCAGGGCAAGCUAAGGCUGCAGCUGAAUCUGUAACUAAUCCACAAACGAUCUUGGAGAGCCUUAAACAGAUUGGGGAUCAGACAUUCCAGAGACGGGGAGAACAUCAAUUGUCAUCCACAGGGACACCCUGUGGUUCAAUGACACUUCCAGACACACUCCUAACUGAACCUACCAAAUCCCUUUUGGCAAAUACUCAGCUACUGCAGCUUGGCAAAAAGGUUGAGGAACUAGUGAAGUCUUCAUCAGUUGCUCCCUUGAUCAACCAGAGGAGAGAUCCCAGACAGAGCAGGGACCCACGCCAGGCUGCACCCGGCAGGAAAUCGACCGAUGAACCUGAGGAGAAAGAGGAGGCAUAUGCUCUGUUGGGGGAUUCCACUCCUUCCUCAGAACUUGUGGUUCAAGAGACUCACCAGUCCAAUGUAGCUGAACUCCCGGACUCCUCGCACGAGCCUGAGACAUCACUGCCUCAAGAGGAAGAGAAAAGCGAGACGCUGCCAUUCAUGGAGUCGGACAAGGCCGAAGUGUCAAUUCCAUUAUUAGGGGAAGAGGUGGAACCUGAUAUUGAGGUCAACUACAUGGAUGAGAAAGAGGUUAAAACUGAGGAAGAUGAGCCAAUCAAGGUGGAAACAGAGAUGGACAGGUACAGUAUUUGGCCAAAUGCUGCCAGUAUAUUAAAAGCUGGUGAGGACUCUGAGUAUGAGGAGAAUAGCCAAGAUACACCAACCGCAAGUUAUUAUAAUGAGCCUGCAAACACCUCCAUAAUAACUUCAACAAUCCCAGUACUAACUCAGAGCACAACAAUGGUUGAUACUCAAUCCCAUCACAUGCCACAUCAUCACAUGUCAGCAUCAGGCUUCGACAGCGAGUACAGACCUCCAGCUGACAUCCCCCCACUAUCCAAUUUCCCCCCAUCCCAUUCAAUGCAGGGACAAAAUCUGAUAAUGAGGCCUCCGCCUAUGUCUAUGCCACCACCCAUGCAGGGUCUUCCUCCAAUGUCAGGCCCCCCUCCUAUGCAGGGACUCCCUCCACCCAUCCAUGUUCCUCCCCCUGUACAUGGUCCUCCCUCCAUGCAGGGUGACAGCAGCCAGCAAUAUGGUCCACCACCGGCUGCAUACCCUCCCUAUCAGAACCAGUGGCCAGGUACCCAGCCACCGCAGCAGCAGCAGCAACUGCAGCAGCCUCCUCCUGGACCACUUCCUCAGAAUAUCAUGCCACCCAGAGGACCACCACCACCAUUCCCUCCAGCGGCCCAGAGAGGCCCUGCUCCUCAAAUGUUUGAUCCCUCCAUUCCCCCUCAGCACAUUGGACAGCAAGGCCUCCCUCCAGGGCUUCCCCCACGCCCUGCUUUUGAUACACAGAACAGUUUACCUCCACCAAGAUACACUGGUCCUCCACCGCAAUUUAAUUUCCCUGCAAACAGAGUCCCUCCUCCACCUUUCUCGGGGCCUCCUCCCAGUCACUUUGAUAACAGACUCCCUCCUCUGCCCCACUUCCAAGGCCCCAGGGGUCCCCCGCCAUCUCAGUAUGGUGACCACGGGGCUCAAUCCCCAAUGAUAGACCAAACUCGGUGUCCUACAGACCAGUAUAACAAAGACAAUUCAAACUCUUACAAGCUAAAUGUGGACCAGAAUCCAAACCCUCACCAUGUUUUUAAUGUUUUUAAAGACAAUCAGGCUACCCCGCCAGGUCCAGCAUUUCGGGGACCUCCACCUAACCAGUAUGAGGACAGAAGAGGGCCACCUUCCAGUGGUGAGAUGAGCGGACAGCACUUCAAUCCACAUAACCAGUAUGGGAGCUCCAGACCACACUCCUCACCGCCACAUAGAGGAUCUUUUGAUGAGCCCAGAGGUCCUCCCCCUCACGAGAACAGACCCCAUCCUUCUCAGCGUUUUGGAGGUUCAGAGCGGUACCGCCUUGAUAGGCACUCUGAUGAAGCUAGAUCUCUUCGCCAUAGUGGGCCACUACUGCCAACUCCUCCAGAGGCUCCCAUAGGUCCUCCAAGUCGCAUGGGAGCCCACAGUCCAGACCUGCACUGGCGCCGCCACUCUCCUGAAAUGAGGAGGAGGAGCAGCACCAACCGAGAGGACUCAGAACCGCGUGGCGGAGAUCGCUUCAGUCGCUUCGAAGGAGGGCACAGAGAACCUGCUCCUGGUCCCUCACAACCCUCUGAAGAGAGACCGAAGGAAAUGUCUGAAGACCGGCGGAGGGAAAGAGAGCGGGAAGUCCCACACGGUGGCAGACCGUCAUGGGACAGGGGCCAGGGCAAGCGGUGGAGCAGAGAGCAAGAGUGGGAUAGAGGUAAAGAAAGGGACCGCGAUCGGGAGCGUAGCCGAGAAAGAGACCGCAGCAGAGGGGGGGAGGGCGAGAGGCAAGGGGGAAAGACGGAGGGAGAGAGACACAGGGAUCAAGACACGGAUAAGAGGAGAGACCGGGAGAGAGACAGGGAAAGAGACAGACCAAGGGAUUCUGACAGAAGGGACUAUGACCGGGACAGAGGGAGAAACCGUGACAGAGAGCGCGAACGCGACCGUGAACGAGAGCGAGACAAGAGACGGGACAGAUCCCGAAGCAGGGAACGCGACAGAGACCGUGGGAAAGACCGGGGCAGGGACAGAGACAGGGAGAGGGAGAGAGAUAGGGACAAAGACAAAGACAGGGACAAAGACAAAGACAGGGAUCGUAGGGACAGGAGUAGAAGCAGAGAAAAAAGAGAGGAGAAAAAGGACAGUAAGCAUGAUACACCCAAGGAGAAUGACAAAACAGCACAAAAUGACAAGAAAAUGUCCUAGUCUCUGUUUGUCAACACUACAUUAUGGUUUUGAAAGACGCUUCAAUCUUUCACCAGUUGAAAUCAUCACUGUAAAUGUAGAUGAGCAGUAUUUUGUUAAAUUUCCACAGUUGUGUUCCUACUAGAAAAAAAGUUUGACAAUGUUUGUAUUCUUUUCGUCACUUAAAGGUUUCUAAGUUUGUUUUAUCACAUUCGGAUAAAAACCUGGCCAUCUAAGUUGCUUGUGUACAAGAUGUAUUAAUUAGGCUACUGAGUCCUAUUACAUGGAUCUUUCUCCUGUUUUUUAAGAGAACAAUGAUGUAACUGAUUAACACACCAUUUGAAAUAUGUAAAUAUGAAUGUAUUUGUGUAUAUACUGAUGUUUUUAAUCAUACUUUUCUAAGUAGAGAAAAUAAAAGCCAUAUAUCUGAGAUGGAUAAUGUGAACGCUGGCAACACUGUUUACACACAGAUGUGUGUUUAUAUGUCCAAUAGCUUUGAACUUAAGGCUCCAACUAUCUACAGUAUAGACCCCAUCAAUGGCUGUUAAUGAAAUGUCCUGAUUUUGUUUCAGCUCAACCAAUUAAACCCGUUUGAUGAUCAGUG